AUGGAAAAUAAUUUUUCAAAUGAUUUUAAAAUAUUGUUAAAUAAAACUAUUCUAUCACCAGGGAAAAUUGCAGGUACGAUUAUAGUAACGUUUAUUAUUACAGCCAUAACCGAGUUUACUUUUUUUUUUUUAAGUUAUACAAAAUUUGAUAUUGUGGCAUGCAAAUUACCGGGUGAUAAUACAUCAGAGUUUUCUUUUAACAAUUGUUUUAAAAAUGAAGAAAAAGAUUUAUCUUUAUCAAAUUGCCUUAAUGAUAAAUAUUUUACAAAUUCAAAUUAUUCAUUAUCAUUUAAUAUUCCUGCAACUGGGUUUGAUGGUGACCGUUAUAGCAAAUUAAUUUUAGCAUUUUCUAUACUGUGCUAUUUUUCAAUUAUGGGUAUAUUUGAAAUUGUACAUUAUUUUCAUUUGGUAAAAAAAAAAAGAAUUAUAGAAAUAUUAGGUAGUUCAAAGAUUUUGGUGGAUGGUGAAAAUAAGUAUGAAAAACGAUUUGGUAUAUUUUUUAUUGUAAUGGUAUGGGUAUACGUAAUAUUAAAAUUAGUAUGGAUAUUUUAUAGAUCUAAAAUUUACAGUACUAUAGACUGCUAUGGAGAAAUAUACGAUUUUAAAGUUCAGCAAGGUUUAUAUUUCGUUACUGCUCUUUAUGUAAUUUUUCAAACCAUCUUAACCAUAUCCAUUUUACCAGCCCUCUAUAUAGUUGCUUCACAAAAUUAUUUAUGCGACGUUAAUUUAAAAGUGCUAUUAAACAAUCUUUCAUAUGGUUCUAUAAAUGAAUUAAAUUUAAUUACAACUCUUGACGUUAAAAUAUACAGAAAGUUAAUUCAAGAACAACUGGCCUUUAAAUAUUCAAAUGAUAAUAUAUUUAAAAAAAUAAUAAGAUUAAAUACUUUUAGUUUUGAAAUGACCAAAACUGACGAAAUAUGUGAAAUUCUUAAAAACCAUAAAGAAAACCACUCAGAAGACUUUAAAAAAAUAAUUUUUGAUUCAUUACCCAAAAAUUCAAUAAAUACACUAAAUUGA